UGAAAACUUAUCUUAGUGAUUGCAGCUGAAUCAAGAAUUUUUAUGAGGAAUUUAAUUAAGUAUUUGACCGUUUUACACAAGACAUGAUAAGUAUGUUAUGGCAUGGAAGAAUAAUUCCAUAAAGAACGAAUGUGCAUUUUUUAUUAUUAUUUUUUUUUUUAAUUUUUUUUUUGCACUUUACGUUUAUAAUCAGGACCAACUACAAAGGGAACAUUAUUUCUACUCGAAAUUUAAUUUUAGUAGUCGUAAAAAUCCAUAAAUUACAUGUGCACACAUUUGCUAGUGUGCUUGUUUAUUUAACAUUUUUUUAUUUGCAGAUGAAAGGUUACAGGUAUUAACAUUAAGAAGGGGGCAUACGAACAUCAUCACAAGAGGUUAUAAGAAUUACACAAAUCAACAAAAUAUAACAUUUUGUCAUCAUGAAAAACUAAAGGUUUCUUACAACAAACUAAAGGGACUUUAUAUCAGUGGAGAACAUUGUAAAAAUGAUUUUAACGCAGACCGCUUGAUACCGUUAUCUAGUGACUUUUACGUUAAAAUAUUGCCCGCCAUUUUGAAACUGAUCGGUUGUUUCCGUGUUCACAGUAGCAAGGCACCCAUAGCGUUGCUAACAAGUGCGGAAUAUGAAUAGAAAUGGUGUGUUUUUAUGGAAAUCUGAAGAAAUGCGUUCUCCGCGUGAAUUAAGAGAACCCUGUUUAUUUGUGGUGGCCUAAGAUACAAUAAUAUCUUUCAACAUGGUUAAAGAACAGAAAUGCAUUCUUUGUGAAACUGUCUACAGCUCCAAACAGGAGAUGGAAGAGCACAUGAGAAGUAUGCUGCACCACAGGGAGCUGGAGAAUCUGAAAGGCCGGGACUGUGGACACGAGUGCCGGGUCUGCGGCGUAACGGAGGUGAGCCUGACCGACUAUGCCAGUCACAUCUCCAGCCCUUCACAUAAACAGCGCGUUGAGGAUCAGAAGCACCAGCCCUCAAACGAAGACCAAGAUGAAAAGUAUUUUGACAAAGACAUUGUGCAGCUCAUCGAGAAACGCAAGGAAAUGAUCAGGAAAGAAGAGGCUUCUGCAAAGCAGGCUAAAGAGGAGCGGGACACCUCAAGGAGGUGGCAGGAGCUUCGGUCUCAGUGGCAGGGACCAAGGCCGUUGAUGUAUCAGCAGUGUGGCCCUUGGGACCGGCCCUAUCCUAACUUUCCUCAGAUGCCCAAAAGGGGCAGAGGCUCUAAUUGGCAGAAUUUAAGAUAUUCAUCCCCUGACCGCAACAAAUGGUUUAACCCUAACCGACAGGUUAAGUGUGCCACAUGGCAUGCUGAAGGACCACCUGACUUGCAGAAGUGGGGUUCCGCUGGUCGUCAGGGAGGGAGUUUGCACAACCAAGGGAACUUCUGGGGUGGAUAUGGAGUCUGCCCUCCACAGAUGAGAAAGCAGUAUCCCUGGAACAACAGUCAGCUUAAUGUCCCUUGGCAGGGACAAUAUAUGCCUCCACCUAGACACUUUAAAUCGCCUGCAAGAGACCAGCAAAAAACACCCAACUGCUCUGAGAAUCAGACAAAGGGUGAACAGAGUGUAGAAGAAUCUGGUGGUGAGCAUGAUCCCAACAAAAGUAAGGGUCAGAAGUCAGAGAAGGCACAUCGAUGGGCACCUUAUCCACCAGCUAAACUUGGGGAUCCUUCAUCUCAGACUAAUCCUCAGCCAACUUUAGAUAAGUCAAAUGUGGAAUCUCCUGAAAAUGUUAAGGCACAAAGUUUCAAGGAGGGCGCUCAGGACAUGGCGAGGAAAUCCAAGGCAGACCGAAAAAACUGUCAGCAUAAUCCAGCAGAACCUUACUGUGAAGAGAAUGAUUGCAGGGAGCAGAAGAGUUCCUUCAAGAACAUUGGCAGUACUAACAUGGGUAGUUUCGCCUACCCCUCCACCUCCACCACUAGAAGAACGGAGAUGCCCAGCAAGCUUGCUGAAGAUGGUUCAAAGAUGAAUCUCAAACAAGACUCUGUCAGCACUAAAGGUUCUAAGCAUUCCCAUUCAAGUUCUGAAUUCCCACAACAUGCCUCUUCCAAUGCAGAGCAAGACAGUCUGCUGUCAGAGAUGCUACGAAAAGCUAAAGAAACAUUGCUUAAUAGAAAUAACUCUGUUGACGCAUCUGGCCCAGAGAACUGCCUUAAAGGAUCAAAGACUGUGCCUCAGAUUAAUAAGCAAGUUGAGAGUUUAGAACUAAAAAAGAAUCAAAAAUUACAUGAGAGUACGAAAAAACUGAACAAGAACAAGGGUCUAGAAAAGCUGGGUUUUGCAAGACGAAAUAGCUAUGACCAAGAGCAUUUAACCAGUACUGAGACCUCAGUACAGAUUGGCAAUGUGCGCAAUGACACUAGGCCAUCUCUGCAGUCCUUGCAAGUUAGUACCUCCACUAUGGACCACGAAGAUGAGGAGGAGUGUGGUGAGAUGGAAGAAAAUCCUGACCUAACAGUACAAGAUCAAGUCAUGGACACGCUAGAUGAAGAUUUAUGCUUAGUUGGUGAGGGGUCCCACAGCAGCCCAUCCCAACAAACAGCAGGUGGCGCCGUGCCCUCUUUAAGUAAGCUUGCUUUGCCUGCUUGUCUCCAAAGGGAUCUGAACCGCCAUAUGGGCACCAAAGGCAAAGCAGCAUCCCAUGAACCCAACUUGAAUAUUGCCAGACGUAUUAGAAAUGUGAGUGGCUCACGAAAGAAUGAGCCUGAGAAGGACUCGGGACUUAAACCCACCUUGCGGCAGCUCAUUAGCUCCUCUGGCUCCAGGCGGAAUGUCAACUGGGACCAGGUCUACCAGGAAGUCAACCGGAAGAAGCAAGGCAAGGGCUUACCAAGAUUUGGAAUAGAAAUGGUGCCCUGUGAACCUGAGGGUCCGAACCAAAUGGAUGAAAAUGAUGUACCUCUUUCUGAGGGCUUUCAUUGGGACUCUCUGUUUGACCUCGGUCAAGUGCCUUCCCGCAAGCGUAGCUUGUCUGAAAGCAAUGUGGUCAAAGAUGGCCCUGCUGGUACUAGCUCCCUUCUCAAAGGUGUAGACCCACUGAGAGACUCUCCUGCUUGUGGCCCGUCACAGCAGUCCAAGAGAGAAGAGCUGCAGUCCAAAGGUCAUCUAGAGAUUCAAGGUUCGAAAGGACCUUCUAAAGGCCCAGAGGAUGUUGAAGGAGACAGCGGUUGUACAUCAGAGAUUGAAAUGAUUGACACACAAGGAGCUGGGAAGAAACGCAGAGCUCAAGGAGAUGUUGUGUCUCCAGAGAUUCCUAAUGAAGAUAGGAAAAACAAGAGGCAAAAAAUUAAGUCUAAGAAAGAGCGCUCUCAAGUGGAUCAGUUGCUGGCUGUAUCUCUACGUGAGGAGGAGCUUAACAGCUCGCUUCAGGCAGUGGAUAACAGUCUCAUUCAGGCACGUGCUGCCCUGCAAGCUGCCUAUUUGGAAGUACAGCGUCUGCUUAUGGUGAAACAACAGGUAACCAAUGAGAUGAACUCUUUGAGAGCCAAGCGGAUUGAAAUUCUUCAAGGAAUGCAAGGUGAAUUUGAGCCAAAAGAAAAAGAAAGGAACAGUGAGGAGAUCUUAACCUCUUCAUCAACCCAGGUUACUCAGACCACCGCCAGCACUGUUCUCCAAACUACAGCUGCCCACUCAUCCUCUUCAACCUCCUCACUGCCUGUUACCAUCAAACAGGAGCCCAUUUCUCAAUGUAACCCCAUUCCUGAGCGUAACUCUAUCAAAAGCCCCUUCCCAGAACCUCAAAAUACCACACCUGUCCAAACAGUGUUUGCAGCUUGUCAAACAGAUACCUUCAAGUACAGCAGUAAGAUGGAGUCUUCGCAUGAUGCCACAAGCACAGCUUUGACGGCAGCUCCCUCAGAUCACAGAAUAGAGCCAUCACCCAACAAAGAAAUUUGUCAAAAUUCUCAAGAGGGGUUAGCCAACCCUUCUUCCCAACUCUCUCCCAAGCCACUGUCUCCCUCAAGCCACCUAGAAACUGAUGCAGUUAAGCGUGUUCGAAAGCUGAAGAAGAAAAAGUGUCUUAAAAAAGCAAAGGGGAAUGAGCAGCCUGAAAUCAGUGAAUCAGAGCUUGAUGCAGAGCAGCCUGCUCCUCGGCCUGCCCGCAAGUACCGACCUCAUCGGCGAUCCAGCGGCACCUCCGCCUCACCCCCCACACCAGAAGAGAAGAUUGAAAAUGAGGCGAUGGUGGUGACAGAAGUUUCAAAGGCACAACCACAGAGAACCAAGCUAGCGACACCACCAAAGAAUGAGGCUCACUCCGAUUCAUCUGAACUGGAAAUGGUGGAGCUUCCCCCACCUGUGCCCACUGAUUUUGUCAAUCUAGAUUCUUCAGACCCAGAUGAGAUGCCUGAUAAGAAUGCCAAGGAGUCAACCAAGGAAUCGACCAAGAAAUUGUCCAAGGAGUCGGCAAAGGAGUCGGCCAAGGAGUCAACCACUGCAUACUCAACAGACCGUGCCAUCACAGACCCCCAAAAUCUUGCCUGCAAUGAGGUCACCUCCACUAGUGAAAUUGAUACUAGAAGUACAGUCAAGGCUCGUGAAAGUGAAAAAAAAUCUGCCUCAACAGCGUUGGAGUCCAAGUUGCUUUCAGAUGUAUCAGAUCCAGGGGAGGAGGAGGUGCCUACAGAAGGAGAGUUUGAAGGCCAUCAGGAGGCCGUGAAUGGAAUGCAGAUCCAUAAUGGACUGCUGUAUACUUGCUCAGGGGACCGCACUAUACGUGCUUUCAGCUUGAUAAGCCGGAAGUGUGUGGCUGUGUUUGAAGGUCACAGCAGUAAAGUGAAUUGCUUGUUGGUGUCAUGUGGAGGAGGCCUGCAACAACGCCUGUACUCGGGAUCAAGUGACCAGACCAUCCGCUGUUACAACCUCAAGACAACAGAAUGUGUGGAACAGCUGUCUCUCCCAGAUCGAGUUCUCUGUCUUCAUAAUCGUUGGAAAAUUCUCUAUGCCGGUCUGGCCAAUGGCUCUGUGACCACCUUCAGUCUUAGGAACAACAAGCAGCUGGAUGUGUUUGAGUGCCAUGGCCCACGGGCUGUAAGUUGCCUGGCGACGGCUCAGGAAGGGGCUCGGCGUAUCCUGCUAGUUGGUUCCUAUGAUGCCACCAUCAGUGUUAGAGAUGCUAAGAAUGGCCUAUUGCUGCGUACACUGGAGGGCCACAGCAAAACUGUGCUCUGCAUGAAGGUGGUGAACGAUUUGGUGUUCAGUGGCUCGAGUGACCAGUCUGUACAUGCACAUAAUAUACAUACAGGAGAACUGGUGAGGAUCUAUAAGGGUCAUAGUCAUGCCGUCACCGUGGUGGCCAUAUUGGGAAAGGUGAUGGUCACCGCAUGCCUGGACAAACUGGUCCGUGUGUACGAGCUCCAGUCUCAUGACAGACUUCAAGUAUAUGGUGGACAUUCAGACAUGGUGAUGUGUAUGGUCAUCCACAAGAGCAUGAUCUACACAGGCUGCUAUGAUGGGAGCGUGAAAGCUGUCAGAUUGAACCUGAUUCAGAACUACCGCUGCUGGUGGUACGGUUGUACCCUAAUCUUUGGCGUGAUAGAGCACCUACAACAGCACCUGCUGAACGACCACACCAGCCCAGCACAGCAAACAUUCAAAUGCCGCUGGAGGAACUGCGACACAUACUUCACCACCCGCAACGGCUCCAAACAGGCAGUGCAUUGUCACAUGCAGAAACAUGCUGAGGACGACAGUAAAAUGGAGCCAUGAGGGGCCAACAGAAUAUCACAGACAGUAUAGUCUCCUCUUUUCCCAUAUUGGGAAUGUCUCAUUCAACCCUCACCAGAGGAGCCCUGUUCAUGGGCACGUUUUUUAUAUGACCCAUCAGAUACCAACAACUGCCACUUAGAUGAUGCUGAUGCCACAAUUUAAAUAAUGAUGGAUGAUUUUAAUCUUUCAGAAAUUAGUUUUAUGUAGUAAACAAAAAAAGACUUGUUACUGUUAUUUCAAACAACAAAAAAAGAAUAUUUGUCCUUCUCUAAGUGGAUUUGUUUGGUAUUCUGAAGAGAGGAAGUCUUUUUCCAUUCGUCUCUUCUCUUUCACUUCUAUCUGAAGUGUGAAAUAUGCUCAAAUCUUUUAUACUGAUGUGGCAUUGCUCUGAUGCUCUCCUGGAAGGGAUUGAUUUCUGUGUCAGACGCUUUUCCGAGUCUGUCAUCUGAUCAUAUACUGUAUCAUCAGCUCUGAGAUUUACUGACCAAAUAAAGACAAAGAAACUGUGGGAAACGUUUGGAUACCAGUACAGCAAAAGAGGUGCGGCAGCUCCCUCAGCAAACAUGUGUAGCUCACUGUUGUGUGUGUGCAGUCUGAGUUUUGAGAUGUUAUGAUGUGGAGUGAUUUACGAAAGCUUGAGACUUGUGUCGAGCAACCAGAUUUUUAGUGUUGUAGUGUUUUGAUGAAGGACACAUCUUCUUCAAGUUGCAUUAGUCUAUUUUUUUGUGGUAUCAUGGCGUUACAUAUACCUGACAAUAGAAUCUGUUAUUCUGGGACACCUGAACAUUUCAAUCUGGUUUCCAAAUAUAAAAAGCUAUUUAAGUUGUGUCUGGUGAUUUUAUUUGAUUUUUUUUUUUUUUUUUUUAAUUGUUCAUUUGAAUGUAGUUGUUUGAGUGGUUGAAUCUAUCUCCUCUCUUUUUUUUUUGGUUUUUCUGUGGUUGCUUCUCAUUGAAGCAAAGUUGAAGGAUUCAGGUGUGCUGUGACUCAAGACUGCAGUUGACAUGUAUUUGCUGUGCUGUUGACAGAGACUGAAACGUGACAGUUGGCGUGCGUAAGCCUUUGAGAACAUACAUGGAUUUGUUUUAUGACAGUGUGAACAAGAAGACACAAAACAUAUUUUUCUAUAGCGAAGAAGUUUGUUCUUAUACAUUUUCUUUACUGUAUUUUGUGGCAGUUGUGCAGAGAUAAAUUUAUGAAAGUACAGGAGGGUCCUCGCGCUGGGAAAGUACCUUUAUUUUUCUGUGCGAGAAUGAAAGUUGUAGGGGUGAUAAACAUGUGAGGUGUUUUUUGUGCAGUUGGGAGCGUAUUACGUCACUUCCUGUAAUCCUUAGCCCUAUUAUGCGCACACAAACAAAAACAAAGUACAAGAAACUGCUAACAUUUAUUGACAUCUUAAUAUCCUAACUUAGUUUGUGAUGUUAGAUUUUAUAGAGUAACAGCACCUCCUGCCAGUUGAAACAGAACAUUUGAACUCUCUUCUGACUGCCGCUGAAGUGAUGGGUUUUUAACUUUAUAUGGUUACUCUAGGUUUUUUUUUUUUUCUUUUUGUUAGAUUAUAUCAUAAUGGAUGAAGAUACAGCUUGUUUUUCCACCCAGUCAUAACCUUUGAAAUACAUCUCAGCUCUUUGCUAUAGUCGUGUGUUGCUGAGGAGAGAUUGCAGCCAACCUCUUACCUGGUAUUUCCAAGUUUCUCACACUUGUUCAUUUCAAAUACUAUAAAAAAAACUUUAUAGACAUUUUGUACACACAUGUUACUGAAACAAAAGGAAUAAAAAAAUACAUAACUGUG